UUUGUGUGUGCAGUGAGAUUGUUGUAUUUCUGGAUCACGUUUUCUCUCGAACGAUUUGUGGAGGAAUCCGCUGACGUUUUAUAUUUUUCAACACUCCAAGAGGUACCUUGUGGCAUAUUUGUAUUUACGUAGUUAUGAUUAGAAUAACUCUAGCAACAAUGACCUUGAAAGAGAUUCUUGUCGUCGUAUUGGCCUUCUUCCUUCCACCCGUGGCAGUGGCCCUUCAGCAGGAUGGCAUUACCAAAGAUUUCUGGAUCAAUUUGCUGCUGACGAUUUUGGCCUUUAUCCCGGGUGUUAUCCAUGCCCUUUGGGUGGUUUCCGUUGGAAAGCAAUGGAAGGACCAUAAGGCGUGUGAUCAGCCGUGGGAAAGUUUCUAUGGCUACACGGCUAGUGUUGGGGUGAGUUCGAUGCCUCGACGCACACGCGACUCGGAGAGUGACUUGUCCGACAGUGGCCAUCCUCAUCUCUUAUUAUCCAACGGUUUUCACGACAUUCCCCUCCCCGAUGUCAUCAUCUCCGACUCCACUCCCCUGUUGCCCAUGUCGCAGCACGCGGCCAUUUCCGAGCACUCCCCUCUUUUAGCGCACGACGGCUCGUCUGACCUGUACCCCCAGAAUCCCCAUCGCAACAAAAUGGACCUGCACAUUCCGCCGCGUCGCUUACACGAAAACUGCUUCCCCGAUGACCCAGAAUUCAGCAAUAUGGUCCGCGAGGUGGAGGCGGCCAUUGAAAACGGCGUCCAUCCCGAUCGCGUGGCCCAGGGCAGUUCGGGCAGCUAUUUCGUGAAGAACACCGACGGUCAGGUUCUGGGAAUUUUCAAGCCUAAGAAUGAAGAGCCCUAUGGGAAGAUGAAUCCGAAAUUUUUGAAGCUGGUGCAGCGGUGCUGCUGUCCGUGUUGCUUUGGUCGGGGUUGUUUGGUGCCUAAUCAAGGCUAUUUGUCGGAAGCGGGCGCGUCACUGGUGGAUGAAAAACUCGGAUUGGACCUUGUUCCCAAAACGAAAGUCGUCCACUUGGCUAGUCCGGCUUUCAAUUAUACCCGCGCAGAAAGAGCCAAAUCCCGAGCGAAGAGAGAUAUUGUCGAGCACUUUCCUCGCAUGGGAAAAAAUUUUAAACGGUUGGGCCUCCCUUUUAAGAAUGGCUCACUCCAACAGUUUGUCCGUGGCUUUAAAGACGCCGACUAUUGGCUGAGAAAAUUCGAAACGGAAUCCAUACUUCCCGAGACGGCAGCAAAGGAAUUUCAGUUACAGUUUGAGCGUUUGGUUGUUCUGGACUACAUUAUCCGCAACACGGACCGUGGCAAUGAUAAUUGGUUAAUUUAUUUCGAAAACGCCGAUGUUGAUUCCAGUGAAGCGAAGAAAAUAACUGAUGUUGAUUUACUGCAGAAUUCUCCUUCCGAAAUCAUCGAAAACAAGGAGACGGAAUGGUCGAUGGUAAAGCAACCCAUAAUUAAGAUUGCGGCGAUUGACAAUGGUCUCGCUUUUCCAUUCAAGCAUCCGGAUGAGUGGCGCGCAUACCCAUAUUACUGGGCGUGGCUUCCGCAAGCUCGGACGCCCUUUAGCCAGGAAACAGUUGACUUUAUCCUGCCCAAACUAACCGAUCCCUCGUUCGUCGAGGACAUGGUGCACAGUUUGGAGGAAAUCUUUCGACAGGACCGCGGCUUCGAGCGUGUAAUGUUCAGCCGGCAGAUGGCGGUGAUGCGGGGUCAGAUAUUAAAUCUGCAGCAGGCUCUCAAGGAUCGCAAAUCGCCGGUGCAGUUGGUGCAGAUGCCGCCGGUGACCAUUGAGCGCAAGCGACACGGUGAUCAUGAUUUACACCGGACGCACAGUGAUUCUGGAAGCUAUUUUCAGCAGAGAAUUCAGGAUCGAAUGCCUUUUUUCAAGUGGUGUUGAUGUUUGCAUGGGAAACGUGGGUAAAUUCGAUGGGAGUUUGCGCUGUAUGGCUCUUUUAAUUUUAUGGUGAUUACCAUUUUGUGACGCGUAAUUGGGAUUUGUAAGGGAUUCGUUAGUGAUUUGAUGGAGCUUUUAAUACAACUAUUUAUGAGUCUUUUUUUUUAUUUUUACGUUAUUGUGAUUAUUGUUUAUGCGCAUUUGCAAAGUCCGCGUUACUGCGGAACGUUUGUCUCAUUUGUCUUGGGCAUCACUGUUGGUGUUAUUGUGCUUUAAAAUGUAAGGUAGCCGUA